AUGAUAGAAGCCCUCUGCCACCUCACCUCAACACCACCGAGAAAGGAAGCAGGAGGCACACUUUUUGCCAGCCGGCUUCCCAAUCGUAGCAAGGACUGGGGGAUGAAUCUGUUGGUGACGGCUGGCAUUUGCACCUUGUCUGCUGGGACCCAGCCUCGCCAUGGUUUACUGGGUCUCCGGGCCUGCUGCACUGUGUGGCUGUACGGAGAGAGGAAGGCCUCCAGCACGACGGAUGGUGGGAGGUCCGGUCGAAUCGUCAAUACCCAGAAAGCCACAAGCGAGGAAGAGAGUCCUGUAGCAAGGCUGGUCUGGUCUGAUCUGGUCGACUGCCGUUCAUGA